AUAGUAGAGAAAGAAAAAAAGUAUAUAUAUAUAUAUAAAUGAAUUUGUAUUGAAAAGCUCUCGAAGAACACUGACGGCGAUGGAGGCGCCUCUAGGGGCUAAUGGGUUGAUCUUGGAGAGAUUCGGUGUUCUUCCUUUAGGACUGAUGAAGGAUUUUCGGCUUAUUUGGAUCUGGUCUCAGGAAGGAGCAGAAGUUUUGAGUGUUAUCCGAAUCGGAUUCAAGGUAUUAAGGUCAGGUCUGGUCCCGGAGAGGGAUUGGAAGGAUUAUGGGUCUGCUUUGGUGUCUCUUAAUGGUGAUUUGUUUGUCUCGGUUCGGUUUUCAACGGUUGAGAUGGCAGCCUCGACUAAGGAGACAGAAAAUGAAGUUCCGUGGGAGUUUAGAUUUUUGGGUUUGAGAUCUUCAAGCUUCAAGCGGCUUGUGGUCUUAGGAGUUUUGCAAGUAGCUCAUCCAAAGGUUGAAGAGGAAGGCUCAGGUGUGGUGACGGCUAGGGAGUAUUUCUGUUUUCUAGUAUCUGUUGGGUCACAGAGCCAGAGUCUUGAAGCGUUUGAUUACGGGUUUGUUCUAGUGAAUAUUAAGGGUGGUGUCUUUGAUUCGCUUUUGUCUCCAAUAAUUGAAAUGGAAAUCUCGACUACGGAGGCAGAGAACUGGGAGUCUCGACUGUUGGUAUUGAGGUUUUCUGGUUUCACGUUGGAUAGGGUCUUGGGAGAUUUGAAAGUACAAGCUUUUCCAAAAAUUGAAGAGGAAAUCUCAAUGGCGGUGACGGCUAAGGAGUCAUGCCGGUUUAUAAUUUCUGUUGGGCCACAGAGCCAAAGUCUGGAGGCAUCUGAGAAGAGUGAGCAACAAUAUCUCGAUUUCCCGAUACUCUUUGAGAGGAAUCUAAUGGUUUUUAGGAAGUUUUUUGGAAGGUAUUUACUUGGUUCAGAGAUAUGGGGAUCCCAAAUAAGGUUAAUUGAGUCUUUGCAGAAUCAAAAUCUGGGGGAAGUUGAGGAAGAGCAGCUAGCGGAGGAUGGUGAUAAGGUUGAUACGAAUCAGGUCAGUGACGAGGAAGAUAUGGACUCUGAGAAUAAUGAGGAGAAGCUGAAGGCUGAGAAUCAAUUGGUGGCUGACGGGGCAGAUGGGGGUAUGGGACGCAAGAAAGGAACAAGUUGCCUUCAAGGGAUUAGUUUUAUGAAGCGUAAUGCCCAUUUACUGACAUCUCCACGGAGGAGACAUGUUCAAAAGGGAGUGAAGCAGGUGACGGAAGGCAGGAACCCGAGGAACCAGGACAUGGUGAAGGGGAUGGCGGGUGGUGACAAACCACCAAAACACAAAGGUUGUUAAAUGAAGGUUUUGAGUUGGAAU